AUGUCUGUCUAUCUCGUCACCCAGGCCACUGGCCAACAAAGCCAAUGGGCCAUCAGACACCUACUCAAAGCUGGCCACAAGAUCCACGCUGUUGUCCGCAACAUCGAAAAGAUACCAGCCCUGCUAAGCAACCCGAACAUCAAUCUCUUCCAAGGAGAAAGCAAGAACUUCGACAGUAUCUUCAAAGCUGCUCAGGGCUGUCAAGCCGCUUUUCUGAACACCGUUUCCUUCCCUGGCUUGGAGGUUCUUCAAGCCAAAACAAUUGUCGAAGCUUGCGAGAAAGCCGGCGUCAAGAGCCUCAUUGCUUCUACCGCCAUUUGUACCGACCAAAAGGAUAAGUGGGAUAACGGAGAUGUAAAAGCUAUUCCAAAUCUUCAUGAGUACUAUACUUCUAAGUAUGAGGUCGAGAAUAUUGUUCGCGCUGGAAAGUUCGAAUCAUACACUAUUCUCCGGCCCGCACUUAUCCACUACGACUUCUUCAUUCCAGGUGUCUAUUAUAACUUUCCCCGCCUCCCAACAGAUGGUGAAAUUGAUGACCUUCUCACUGGGGGUGCCAAAUUCCCUUACACUGAUGCUCAGGACGUGGGAAAGUACGCUGCUGCGGCACUUCAGGAUUCUACCGGCUUCCGAGGCCAAGAAAUUGACCUUGGAAAUGAACUCUUUGACUUUGAGCAGAUCCGCGAUAUCCUGGUCAAGGUCAGCGGUAGGGAAGUCAGAAUUGUGAAGCGCACUCCUGAAGAGGUGGAGAAGUUGGGUAUUGCUGUUCAUGGCCACAUGUUUCAGCAUUUUGCCAACAUGAAUCCUUUUGACUUUGUCGAGGGAGGAGCCAAAGGGGUGCAGGACAAGUUUGGUAUUCCUUUUACUUCACUUGAAGACGCGUUGCGAAGGGACAAGGAAAGACUCCUGGAGUGUAUUCCAGCCAAGAAGGAGGUUUAA